AUGGAGGAGAAAGCGCUGCAGACCCACAUCACGCUGCUGUUCUACCUGAUCGUCCUGUUCUACCUGAAGAACUUCACCUUUAGCUUUAUUGACAUGCCGCGGAAGCUUUAUAAGUACAUCAAAUUUUACUAUUCCUUUUUGAUUCUCCUGACGAUAGUGGGUUUCUUCGGAAGACUGCUUGUCCUAACCAGACUGCUUAUCAUUCAGCAGGUGCAGAAGAUUGUAAAUAGCUUUUUGGAGAAUAAGGCCCCCCACUUGAGGAAUGCCAAACGAAAUGGGAGGCUCAGAAGGGCUCAGCGGAACGGUGCGCGUGCCCCUUGGGGUGAUUCGCUCGUUGGGGGUGGAAGCGGUGAGAGGGGUGGAGGCCCUGAAAGGGGCGGAAGCGGUGAGAGGGAUGGAAGCGGUGACGUUUCGGCUAGCAGUGAUGGUGGGGUUGGAAGCGACUGCGUAGUUGGCAGUGAUGGCCGCCUCAGCAAUGAUGACCGCCUCAGCAGCGAUGGUCGUCUCAGCAGCGAUGGCCGCCUCAGCAGCGAUGGCCGCCUCAGCAGCGAUGGCUGUCUCAGCAGUGAUGGCUGUCUUAGUAGCGAUGGGUGGGCUAGCAGCGACGGCAGGGUGAGCAGCGACGGAGGGGUCAGCAGUGAUGGCGGGGUUAGCAGCGAUGGGGGGGUCAGCAGUGAUGGAGGGAUCGGAAGCGAUGCAAGCAGAAGCAAAGGUGCACGCGCUAGCAGGCGAGGCAGCAAAGGCCUGCGCAGCUUCCUCAAGUUCAUUCGAAUUAUAAAAAGCAAGAAGAGGAAGGCUGCCGAUGGCGGGAAGAGACACGGAAGAGGUAAUCCCCCCGCUGAGGCGGAAAGCAGCACCGCCACCUCAGGUGAGAGAAUCAAAUUUGACAUGAAUACCCCCGAACGAGGUGAAGAAUGUCCAAGCGAGGACUGCACGCAUAGCAGCGGCUCCAGCGCAUCCGAGGGAGAGUCAACCAGUGUAAGGAGCGAAGCAGGCAACCAUGUGAAGGGCGGAAGGCAAACGGGUGCCCAUAAUUUUGAAGAGGAGGAAGACCCCUACCUGCAUAACUACCUUACGAAGCAAAACUACCUCCGAUUGUAUUCCCUCCUGACGGAUGCCCUUUUCAGCCCCAAGAGUAAUCUCGCCAUAACGGGGGACACCUCUGGGAUGGGCCUCCAAAGGAAGAUACGCAAAUGUGCGCACUGCAAAAGUGAAGUGAGUUCCCCACGCGAAGAUAAACCUAGUGGGAUCGCUGGCGAUUAUUGUGCCACUUGCAUAAGACUCGAAAGGACAUUCCCCAAGCCUAUAUUGAAGAAGAGCUACUCCCCCCCCUCGAAGGAAGAAUCACAAAAGAGGAAGGCAACCAAGCGAAUUCGCUUCAACGCAGAAGUAGAAACCUACUACAUAGACAAGUAUCUGGGAGAAGACUCAGAUGCCUAUGGACUGCGCUUGGGGGGUGACAAGCGGAAGGGCAUGUGCAAAGUUUUUGGAGAGUACAGCGUGGCCAACUCGGACAUCUUCAGCUACUACAACAUGCGCUACAAUUUGAACGCCGUCUUUAGUGACCUCGUCAACUUGGUUUGUGAUUGCAAGGACAAAAUUGUGCGCAGGUUUUAG